AUGGAGAUUAUAUGGAAUCUCAUCAAUGGGUCUCGCACAGAGGUCCCGGAUAACGAUUAUGCGGCGUUCGUUGAUGUUAGAGAUAUUGCACGGGCUCAUCUGAGGGCCUAUUUGGUGGAUGAGGCUGCUAACCAGCGGUUCCUUGCUGCGGCUGGUCAGUUUUUGUAUCAGUAUGCCUGUGUUAUUAUUCGUGGUCGAUUUCCUCAGUUAGAAGGCAUGGUGCCGAAGGGUGUUCCGGGUACUGGGUUGGAGACGUAUAUUGUGGACGGUAGCAAGGCAGAGAGGGCCUUGGGCUUUGAGUAUCGCUCCUUGGACUCUGUGUUGGCUGAUACUGUGGAGGAUCUUUUAGGAGCGCUUUCGGUGUAG